AUGGAGAAGGGUAAGAUCCAAGAGGUCAUCGAGCAGCAGGUCCUCACGGUGGCGCGCGCCGUGGAGGACAAAAUCGAUGACGAGAUCGCCGCCCUCGAGCGCCUCGACGCCGACGACAUCGAGGCCCUCCGCGAGCGCCGCCUUCAGCAGAUGAAGAAGAUGGCGGAGAAUCGCGCCCGUUGGAUCUCCCUCGGCCACUCCGAAUAUUCCGAUAUUCCCUCCGAGAAAGACUUCUUCUCCGUCGUCAAGGCCAGCGAACGCGUCGUCUGCCACUUCUACCGCGAAAACUGGCCCUGUAAGGUUGUGGACAAACAUUUAAAUUUGUUAGCAAAGCAGCAUAUCGAGACUCGGUUUGUGAAAAUCAACGCUGAGAAAAGUCCGUUUCUGGCUGAGAAGCUAAAGAUCAUUGUUCUUCCAACUCUUGCCCUCAUAAAGAAUGCCAAAGUCGAAGAUUAUGUGGUUGGGUUUGAUGAGCUUGGUGGGACUGAUGAGUUUAGCACAGAGGAGCUAGAAGAAAGAUUGGCUAAAGCUCAAGUAAUCUCUUAUGAGGGUGAAUCAUCAUUCAAUCACGCAAGGUCCAGUGCCAAAACCACAAGAAAUGUUCGGCAGAGCACCAGAGCAGACUCCUCAGAUUCUGAGUAA